AUGGGCAGCCACGCAAGGAAGGGGCACAAGCCAAAAUCCCGCGCGGCAAAACCCAACACGCGGCAUGCCGGUGACAGCAGCAGCACCGCCAUUCAUGAGUCCCCGGUUGUGAAGCCGCCACCGGUUCCUCCGUGUGUGGCGAAGUUGACCUCGACAGACUGGAAUGUGGUAGAGGAGGGCUGCGCGGAUGUGGCAGCCUUCGCGCUGCAGCCCUUGCAGCACGCAAACCUGUUGGCGCACGCCGUGCCGCAGCGACUCACGGAGAUCCUCUUCGCCGCAGCUGCGCCCGCGUCGGCUGGCCAGCCUCAUGAAACAAACAGUCAGGCAUCGCUGCAGCAGCCUCACGCUGGGGUGUUUUACCUACAGACGGCCGCCGCAGAGGCCCUGCGAAACUUUGUGGUGAACAGCGUCGAGGACGUCGUAGUGGACGCGUUGGCGGCUUCUAAAUUUCCCAUGUGUGGUGCAUCGCAGGAUGGCAACGAAGGAGGCGUCACGUUCCGUGAUGGCCUGGUUGCGCUCCUGAUGACCACAUGGGACGCGGUGCAGAAUGCGCGCCGGGAUGCGCCGCUGGUCCCGCCCGCGGUUGUGCAGGACGAGGAGGGGGGUGACAUGCGUGAUAGCCUUCGCCACGCGCCGUUUGUGGUCGCCGCCCGCGCGCUGGAGGAGGUGCUGCAGUUGAUCGCGGUCUGCGUGGAGGGUAAUGAGCACGUGGCGGAGGCCUUCUCUGCACCCCAUGUUCUGCGCACGCUACUGUCCCUGCUAGAGGCAACAACCAGCGUCGUCUGGGAAACUCUACAGCACCCCGCACAGUUGUACCGGGCCACCGUGGAGAGUGGCGUGGUGUGGCUACGCCAGUACAAGCGACGUGAGGCGGAGCUCUUGGCUGCCGUUGCUGUGGCAGGGAGUGAGGUGUUGCACGUGUUGAGUGACGAGAAUGAAGCGCUGGCGUCGCUUCUGCAGUCAUCCGAGAUGAUGGCGUCUCACCAGGCUUUUCUCACAAGCUCCCUCGACGCCACCACGAUCAUGGCUUGGCUGCGGGAGGAGGAACCCUCCGUUGUGUUGACGUCUCCUUUCCUUGCUGCUACGGCAGUGGCGGGGGGAGAAAACGAAGAGGAAAGGGAGGACGACACGCUGUUGUCCACCGGCCGUCAAAAUAUCCUUUACCAGUUGUGCCAGGUCUCCUUGCGUGUGCAGGGGACACUUAUGAACUCUGUCUCAAGCACGGCGAACGCUGCCAGAGUGCUGCCGCUAGUGGUGGCGGUAUUAGAUGCCCACCCGCCUCACAGUGAGUGGCGUCGUACGGUGCCACUGCUGCUGCAGGAGUGUGCACUGGGGGAGGAGCACCGUGCUGCUCUCGUACAGCGUGCCUUGUGGCGGCUGCGGUGCGACCAGGCUGCGGUAAAUGUGCUGCAUGCCGCCGUGGACGCCAUCUGCAGUCUCAACGAGGCGGACGCCGAUGAUGAAACGGCGUUUCAGCGUAAUCCUCAGGCAAGCCUACUGUACAGCACAAACGCCAUGUACGUCGUGGGAAAGCUAAUGAAGGACGCCCUCCGACUAACACCUACAAACGCUAACAGUAAUAACAAUAACAGUAACCCAAACACUAACACGGAAACCACGCAUGUCUCCGCCUUCGGCUCCGUAAACUGUGAGGACGACGUCAUGGUGGAACGGGCACUACGCGCCGCCGCUGGAACCUCUGGAACAGGCGGCUUCAUCACGAAACUUCAGCUUCUGGUGCUUUCCAACGAGGUGGGGGUGUGGAGCCUGGCCAACACGUUGUUGAUGAUGGUCCCCUGGUCAGGUCUUGGUGCGGAGCCGGCCCACAUCUGGCGCGCCAUCAUUCACGCCAUAAGCCUGCGUUCGCAGCUCCUUGCAGAGGCGGUAGCAGGAGACGUCAAUGCACGCGCCAACGGAGUGACAACAGUGCUGGAAACGACACCGGCAGCCAUGAAUUUGUUACGCCUUCAGCUAGAGUCACUCGUGCAGAUGUUGUGGACGCUGCAGCGAAAGCAGGCGGCUCACGCGGGUGGACCGCUUCAAGUCACAAACCACCUCGCCGCCACGGCGGCUGACGUGGACGUCGUGACGCGACUUGCAUGGGACACGCAUGCCACACCGCUGCAGAAGCAGGCCUGUGUGGGAGUGGUGUGUGCCACGUGCACCUCCUUCAAGAGCGCGGAGGCCACCACCGCGGCGGCACGCUUUGCACUGGGCAUCCUUCAGGUAGAUGAUACGCUGCAGAGCACCACUGCAGCGGCUUUGGCGGCAGCCGCGCCACCGCCACAGGCAGCGAAGGGCGAGAACGGCGAGACGCGUAGGCGGUGGAUGGCGAACAUUGCGGCCACCGACGCGCAGUGGCGCGUGCGCUGCGAGGCGUCCAACCACAUCAUGGACCUCUUCCUUGACGAGACGCACGACGAUGCUGUAUACGUUCCACUCCGUGUUCACGCUGCCCUUAAGUCGUUCCUGACCCCAUUUCAGGCAUACUUGAAGAGGCGCCAGCAGAUGGUGCGGGAGACGCAGCGGAACUACCGCAUUGUUCUCCCCGGCGUCGAGGACGCGGCGAACUGGUGCGAGGUAGCCGAGAACCUCUCCGCCUUUUUAGAGUACAAGACACAACACAUUGGACGACAACGGCUAUGA